AUGCCCGGGACACCAACCACGACGCACAGACGCAAACUGUCUUCGUCCAGCCGUCGUGGGUCAACAUCUGCGCCAGAUCCAUGGGCACUUGCAACGUUUGAUACUCCCGCAAGUUCGACGUCGCGUCUGCACAUUGUGCGUCUCCCUCCACCGACAAAAGAAGAGUUGGAAAAGUACGAAAAGGAGCACGGAACCCUGUCCCGUCGUGGAAGUUGGGGCUCGUCAGGGCUCAGCAAGUCGCUCAGUAUGACCCCAGCGAGCGGCGAACGAGUCUCUUUUGCUGGACACAAUGCGCGUUCUGCAUCUAUUGAUCAGCCUAUGCGACCGAGAAUCCAUCCAUCGUCUCAGACGGGCGCACUCGCGCCACAGCAACUGUACGACCUCGCAAUGUCGUCUAUUCACCCGCGGACGACGGCGGAGCAAGCGAGUCCGAAACCUGGAGAACCUGUCACGUCGCCGACGCCUGCAGCAUUCACAGCGCUCCCUCCAAACCACUACCUGCCGUUCAUCGUGAGGUCGAGUGAGGUACAGCAGCUCCUCUCUCAGGGACCACCUCGUCGGCUAUGGGCAUUGAUCAAACAGAUCUACCCGACAAAGCUGACGGAAGAGUCCGAAGAUCCGACAAAGUGGCCAUUCUGGCAGCUCGAGCGGUGGAUGUUCAAAGUCGAUCGUCAUGAAGCCAGCGACCGUGUGUGGGUGCACAAAGCUCGUAUGUGCAUCAGUAGGAGGAGCGAGCCUCUUUGGGAAAAACUCAAGAAUGCGCUUGGGGUUCCGCCCGAAUUGGAGAUUAGCGAUGAUGAAGAUAGCGACGAUGAGGACCUCGACGCUGUCGUAGGUUCUAUUGCCGGCAUGGACGUGACACCAAAGUCGCCCCUUACCCAAACUUCUCGACCCAUGGGGAUCCCCAAAGAAGAGAUGAACACAGCGGCAGCAGAAGGAGGUGACGAUAUGGAGGAAGAAUACAUCGAUAUUGGCCCUACUGGACUUGUAAUGGAGGCAAUCUAUCCGUCUGCCACCCCCGAGUCCCCACCUCAGGCUCAUUCUUCGCCCUCCAAGCGGGAUGGGGUCGACGGGUUUGGUGGAGGCAUGGAGAUUAUCGGUGAAGAAGAGGAAGACGAUGAAAAGGCUGCCUCGUCCAAGCCCAAAGCAGAGGCAGCGUCUGGGGCCACCGAUGCUGCAGAAGGCGAAGGAACAAUCGAGCAGAAGAACGCCGAACCUGCGGAUUUGGAUACCUCCAAGAUGGUUGGACUCACCUUUAUAUCCCACUCAAAGUAUGUCCCGUUGCAACAGUACAUUGACCGCGGAGAGACGUCGGAUGGAGAGGCUAUUGUAGACAGCCCACUCUUCCCCACAAGUUUUGCGUCGCUGUCUGGUCCGGAAGCAUUGGCACGCGUCAGACGUGGCUCUCGAGGCUCAUUUGUACUCGAACAAGGAUCCAUGAGUGUCCGAGGACCUAUUUCGAGGAACCUUCCCCGUCAUUGUGGUCCUUCCAAUGCCCUUCAGAGUUUGACAAAGCGCGUUGGCGGGGACCGAGGAUUGCAACAGGACUUCUUUGGACCUGGCAGGGCUGGACCAUCUAAUCAAACUUUCCGAACCGCUGUUGCGCCAGAUUCUCAGCUCAAUGAAGAGAAAGCACAUUUCUUCAACGCUCAUCGGAUCCCUCCAGCACAAGGAGCUUUCGACUUUGGAGACAUGCAUGGCGCGCUUCCGCACGAGCAAAGGAUGGCGGGGCUGCCUUCACUCACACCAGCAUUUCAAGAACGAAUACAGCAAGAUAAAGGCAAUGCGGAUGCAUGGGCUGCCGAGUUUAUGAUGCAAGCUCAGGGUCAGGCGUUGCCCCGAAUGUCUUCGCACCCAUCAUUACAAGCGACAUCCAUACAUCCAGUCCAACCAAUCGCCUCCGCAUUCAGGGGGCCUGGAUUUAUGGGGCCUCUAACCAUGCCCCCUGGCCCAAUGCCUACACUUGCGUCCGAUCCCGUACACAAGCCAGUUUCUCAUCUUGCCGACUGGGAGCAAGAAUUCUCCCGUCUUAUGGAUGAGAGCAAAGGUCAAACAGCAGAAAAUCCAGUUCCGGUGGAUGGAGACGAACUUUCACGUACUGCAGGAUUGUUGAUUGAGACGCUCAAGGACGAGACGAACCCAAAGUUCAAGCAAUCCGCGUUCAUGGGAUUCAUGCGACAGAUACGGGACCGGGAGAUGGUUGUCGAAGGCGACAAAAUCGUUCCGGCCUCGGAAGCCACAGCGAUCGUGACCACGGCUACCGAUUUAUCCGCUGCCACUACCACCACAGUUAGGGGCAGACAUGCCUCUGCAUCUCCGACACUGCGGGACAGGGAAGGAAGCGUGGAUAAUUGGCCAAUGAAGUCUGUCCAUUUCAAUCCGGUCACGGAGACAAGUAGCAUCGUGAACCAGCCCGACGAAAUGAGCGAGGAGGAUGCGUACUGGCAAGCGGAGAAUAGAGACUACAAGGAUUACUGGGAUAAGGCAGCAGCACUACCGUCGGCCUCUACAAUCGACCCACUAGCAGAGUCUGCCCAGCAGAGAGAGUGGGGUGAACUUCAAGAAUCUUGGGAUAGCUGGGAAGCGACCUCUUCUGGUGUCAGGCAGGUUGCAGCCCCAACUUACGGGUUUCAAACCAACAACCCAUACGUCUUUGAUAAAAGGCUGAUGACAUCCGAUUGGCGUACUGCUCCUGGCUCGGACGUGGUGGGGAAUCCUAGAGAGAGAAGCAGCCGUUUUAAACGACCUCAGAACGCGGAGGCCUGGUACAACCUCGGGGUCAAGCAGCAGGCCAACGAGAGGGAAGCGAAAGCGAUCCAAGCUUUGCGAAAGGCUGUAGAACUAGAUCCGUCACUACUACCGGCUUGGAUGGAACUCUCUGUCUCGUACACCAAUGAUGGCAGCAAAAACGACGCAUACGUCGCUAUCAACGAGUGGAUAACCCGCAAUCCCAAGUACAAGGAUGUGGUCGCGCAAUGGAAAGCAGGGAGGGCAUCCACAUCGUCCACUUCUCUGGUGGAGGACUUGAUAGAUUGUCUAGUCAGCAUGGCGCGGGCAGUACCGGACGGUGAGCUGGAUGCCGACGUUCAAAUCGCGCUGGGGGUUCUACUAAAUACAACCGAGGAUUAUGACAAGGCCAAAGACUGCUUCCUCGCUGCCGUGGACGUUCGGCCAGACGACUACCUUCUCUAUAACCGCGUCGGUGCAACAAUGGCGAACCACGGGAAUCCGCGAGAAGCUUUACCUUACUAUCACAAAGCAUUGGCCUUGAACCCGUCUUAUGUUCGAGCACGAUUCAACAUGGCAAUCUCCUGCAUUAGUUUGCAGCAAAAUGAAGAAGCUGCGGGUCACAUUCUGGACGCGCUGGUGCUGCAAGAGAAUGAUGGAUUGCAAACAGAGGAGAGAGGUGUCGGUUCCUCGGUGCUUUGGGAUACACUUCGCAACGUCUGCCUAUACAUGCACCGCCAGGAUCUUGCAAGAAUCUGCGACAAGCGUGAUCUUUUGGGUGCCAUUUGA